AGCCUGUCAAGUGGUUGUGGGGUUUUCACUUGUGAGAUAUUUAGGUAGCAGAGAGGAAGCACCAAGAAGGCUCUGUUUAUCCUAAGUUUCCAAUGCCUCCUUCCGCCCUCUUCUUUUCCUCUCUCGCGUCUUCCAAACCUUGCCCUCCUCACCGUCCAGAUAAUCUCCAAUCCCUCUCCCCGAGCACUGCUUUCUCCUCCUCCGCCAAACCCCUCAACUCUCCUCCUCCCCCUCUCAAGCUCAUCCCCCAAGAUAAAGCCCAGAGCCCUCUGUCUUCGGAGAAGCCACCAUGGCCGCUCGCCGGCGCCGUCAAGAUGCCUAGUGCCCCCUGGAUGAGAGGCCCCCUCCUCCUCCCCGCCGACCAAGUCCUCGACCUCUCCAAUCCCCACAAGAAGAAGCCCCGCGGCGAGGGCGGCGACGGCGGCCGAGGCGACGACGACCCCGCCCGGGACCGCUCCCUCACCGACAAGGUCCGCAGCGGUAGAAGCCGGCAAGCCAUGCGCGGCAUCAUCAGAAGCAUCACCAAACUUCAAGAAAUCCAUCCCAUGGAGGGAGAAGAGAAUGCAACAGGCGAAGCCGAGUCGCCUGAGUUCAGCGUUCCUCUCAACAUCAGCGAUGGCGAAGCGCGGUGGCGACCGUCCAGGAGGUCGCCGUGGGUGGGGGUGGAGAAGAAGCUCGUCUUCAGGAGGGAGAAGAAGGCGAGGCAGCCCACGGCUGCGGAGCUGACCCUUACGGGGGACGUGCUGGCCAGGCUGCGCGGCGAGGCGAGGAGGAUGAAGAAAUGGGUGAAGGCGAAGAAGGCCGGGGUGACGCAGGAGGUGGUCGAUGAGAUUCGGAGAACUUGGAGCAAGGGGGAGCUUGCGAUGGUUAAGUUUGUCGAGCCGUUGCGGCGGAACAUGGACAGAGCUCAUGAGAUUCUUGAGACAAAGACUGGUGGCUUGGUUGUUUGGCACAGAAGAGAUACCCUUGUUGUUCACAGAGGAAGUAACUAUUCAUUGGUUCCAGAAGCAUCUCAUAAUUCAGCCAUUACCAUUGGAGGGGAAGCAUCUUCAUCAAAACUUAACCUUGGCAUAUCUGAAGAUGGUGGUGCAAUUCCGCCAACAAAAUGCGAUGAAAUCACAAACAUAUCUGUCAUCCAGCAGGAUGGAGACAUAGAGAAUACUCAUACAUCCAAUAUGGAGUGGGAAAUACAAAAUGCUGCUGAAGCAAUCAAAGGAACACUUUAUGAGAGAGAAGUUGACAGAUUGUUGGAUGGAUUAGGUCCUCGUUUUAUUGACUGGUGGUGGCGAAAACCAUUACCGGUAGAUGCUGACUUACUUCCAGAAUUUGUCCCCAAUUUCAGGCCGCCAUUUAGGCUGUGCCCUCCCUUGAUGAAAGCUAAGCUAACAGAUGAGGAAUUGACAUACCUACGGAAGCUUGCACAUCCUUUACCUACUCAUUUUGCCCUUGGAAAAAUUAGAAAACUUCAAGGCUUGGCUGCUGCUAUUAUAAAGCUUUGGGAGAAAAGUCUUAUAGCCAAGAUUGCAGUAAAAGUGGGAAUUCCAAACAUCAACAACAAGCAGAUGUCAUGUGAGCUCAAGCGUCUAACAGGAGGAGUUCUGAUAUUAAGAAACAAGGACUUUAUCAUCCUGUAUAGAGGCAAAGAUUUUCUAUCUGCUCGAGUUGCAAGUUCAAUUGCUGAGCGAGAAACUGAGAUCUGUGGCCAACAACUAAAGGAAGAACUAGCUCGAACAAAUGCAAUCAACUUGUUUUCUGAUAUUGACGAAUUCCUGUACAGCACAGGCACUGUUGGAACUUAUACAGAAUUUCAAGACAUUCAAUCUAAAUAUACUGCUGUAAACAGUGGAAUCUCUGAGGAAAAGAUUCAAUUCGAAGCUGAGAGAGCAAAACUGGAGAAGGAAAUUAGGAAGAAAGAACGCGAACUUUUUAUUAUUAAGCGGAAGAUUGAGAAGUCUGAGAAGGAGUUGGCUAAGCUUAAUUCUCAAUGGAGUCCCUCAGAGGAGGCUGCAGACCAGGAACUCUUGAUGGAAGAGGAAAGGCAAACUUUCCGAAACAUAGGUCUAAAAAUGGAUGAAUUGCUGUUGUUGGGUAGGCGUGGUAUCUAUGAUGGCGUAAUUGGAAACAUUCACCAGCACUGGAAGCAUAAAGAAGUUGUAAAAGUAAUUACAAAGCAGCAAGAUUUUCAUCAAAUAACCUAUACAGCACAGCUGCUUGAAAUCGAAAGUGGUGGGAUAUUAGUUGCAAUAGAGAAGCUAAGAAGUACUCAUGCCAUAAUUCUUUACCGUGGGAAGAACUAUGGACGCCCUUUAAAGCUCCUACCUGACAAUCUCCUGACAAAAAGAGAAGCUUUCCAGAGAUCUAUUGAAAUUCAACGACGAGGGUCACUCAAAUACUUUGCCCGUCAGAGACAAAAAUCAAUCUGCGCAUUGAAACAGAGAGUGAGAGAUUUAAAGACAAGAACCAAGAAAAUGAUUUCUAGAAAACUCCAGUGCCCAAAUGGUGUUGGAAGUGCAGGCAGCGGAUGACUCUCAUAUGGGCCGCUCUUAGACCCCACUGCAACAGAAGAAGGUUGAUCAAGUAGUGCGUUUCAUAUGUUUGUAGCCCAAGGAGAGAAUAUAUACAAAGGAAAAUUUGCACCAGUUGGUGCUUUCUGCUGAGGAUGCACUCUUGCCAUUCUGUUGCCUGUUUCAGUUCUCUCUAGAUUACAAAUUUUGCUUUGCAACCUAAAAUAGUGGAAUCUACAGAUUGAUGUUUUAAUGCAAAAUUUCUUUACUCCGUUCUUUCCUGUCUA